ACGUCGUGCCAAUGGCCCGCUACGAGGAGGUGAGCGUGUCCGGCUUCGAGGAGUUCCACCGGGCCGUGGAAGAGCACAAUGGCAAGACCAUUUUCGCCUACUUUACGGGUUCUAAGGACGCCGGAGGGAAAAGCUGGUGCCCCGACUGCGUGCAGGCUGAACCAGUCGUACGAGAGGGGCUGAAGCACAUCAGUGAAGGAUGUGUGUUCAUCUACUGCCAAGUAGGAGAAAAGCCUUAUUGGAAAGAUCCAAAUAAUGACUUCAGAAAAAACUUGAAAGUAACAGCAGUGCCUACACUACUUAAGUAUGGAACACCUCAAAAACUGGUAGAAUCUGAGUGUCUUCAGGCCAACCUGGUGGAAAUGUUGUUCUCUGAAGAUUAAGAUUUUAUGAUGGCAAUCAUGUCUUGAUUUCCUGAUUUGUUCUAGUAUCAAUAAACUGUAUAUUGCUUUGAAUACAUGUUAGCAAUAAAUG